GGGCAGGAAUUAAUCCGUCUGUCAGUCACCUCAGAGUGCGUGCUCAGCGCCCCUACCCCCCUACGGGAGUGCUCAGCAGGCUUGCCCCAUUGUGUGCCAGUGUCUGGAGAGGCAGCGCCCCUUUGUUAGACCCCCCCUCCUGCACUGAGAAAGACGGCUCUUCCCCGCCCCUUCCCUCUUUCCUCCUACGCUCCACUCCCACUGAGCUGGGGGGGGUGGGGAGGCUUCCUGCUGAGCUUUUAGUGACACCUGGAGAAAGCUCAGAAAGCAUCCUGUCCUGGAGGGUCCUGGUGGAGGAACACCCACUGUCGGCGUGUCACACUUUCUUGGAGGGUAGGGAGGAGGCAGAAAAAUGGUGGGAAGCAGUCUGGCUGUGCAGGACCGGCAAAGUCAAACAGGGCUUGGACCCAGAACUCCCUAUUCCCAAUAAGUCUGGCCAAAAGCAGUUAAUGAGUGAGUUCUGUGUGCCAGGCACUAGGCCAAGCGUGGGAGAUCCAAGCACAAAAAAGCGGAAUAAUCCCAGCUCCCAUCGAACUUCAUCUGGAUGCCAUUAGAAGAGUCAGGAAGGAGGGCAUGGGGGAGGCACCUAGUGCAGAGGACCAAAGGUGGGAAGUACCAUCUGUGAGGCAGAAAAGGGAGUAAUGUAUCCAGCGAGGCUGCAAAAAUCGACUAUAAUGAGGCUGAUAUUUGGAAUGUUGUAUCCUGCUUAUUAUUCAUACAAAACUGUGAAAACAAAAAACGUUAAGGAAUACGUGCGGUGGAUGAUGUAUUGGAUUGUUUUUGCCCUUUAUACUGUGAUUGAAACGUUGGCAGACCUAACAGUUGCGUGGUUUCCCUUGUACUAUGAGAUGAAGAUUGCUUUUCUCAUUUGGCUGCUCUGCCCAUACACUCGAGGGGCCAGUUUAAUCUAUAGGAAAUUCCUUCACCCGCUACUUUCUUCAAAGGAAAGGGAGAUCGAUGAUUAUAUUGUUCAAGUCAAAGAACGAGGCUACGAGACCAUGGUAAGCGUCGGCCGCCAGGGCCUAAACCUGGCGGCCACGGCUGCCGUGACUGCCGCUGUGAAGAGUCAAGGUGCCAUCACAGAACGUUUGAGAAGCUUCAGCAUGCAUGAUUUAACAGCCAUUCAUGGAGACGAGCCGGUGGGGCAGAGGCCCUACCCGCCUGCCCCGGAAGCAAAAAAGAAAACGAAAAUGGCUUCCGGCCAGUCCCCAGGCUAUGGAAUUCCCUCAAAAGAUGGAGAUGAGAAAACAGAUGAAGAUGGUGAUGGACCCUAUUCAGAAGAUGAGAUGCUAACAACCCACAGAGGCCUUCGAAGAUCACAAAGCAUGAAGUCUGUGAAGACGGUCAAAAGUCGCAAAGAGGUGCGGUACGGCUCAUUAAAAUAUAAAGUGAAGAAGAGACCACAGGUGUAUUUUUAGGUGACCAAAUAUCUCAGAGUAAACUGCUGUAAUUAGAAUAACUUGAUUUCAAUACAUUUGUCCAUUUAAAAUGACUCCUCAAGGAAAGGUGGUGGAUGAUAGAAUGGCUAGAGAUUGCUUUUAUCUGAUAAAAUAUGGAUAAGUUUAAUUUCCUUAAUAAUUACUUAAUAUUCACAUUUGACUAUCAAAAACUAUUUACUUAAGAUGUAGUUCUUUCAACUCUGAAGAUAAGUUACAAAUGAUAGAAAAUGCUACUUCUUUUUAAGUUAGAUAACACUAAUUGAGUACUUGCUGUACCAGACAAAAGCAUACAUGCAAAAACCUUUAGUAUACUUGAAAAGAACUUUUUUCUGGUUCAGGAAACCUUACAAAGCCUUUAUGGUUAUUGUCAUUCGCAUACCUCCAUUUUGCGCCAUGUAAAUUAUAUGGUGAGUCAUGAAACAGACCACUUUAUUCUAAAUAUUUGCAUUGGUAUAGUAAACCCAGAGGAGAGGAAAAUAGUGCUAUAUUGCUUAUCCUUAGAAAUUGUACUUUGGUACAGUUGCCUCAUCUCCUCACCAAGUUUUAAAACUCAAAUUUAAAAACCAGGUAUCCACACCCAGCACUUUUAUACCUAUAUGGCUUUGCACAUUUGGAAUUGUUUACUUAUUUACAGCUGUUCUUGUUUUUUCUUUCAUUGAAGAAGUUUUCACCAUUCUUUGCUUCAUUUUCCUGUGUCUUUUUACAUAUGUGCUUUAUUCUGUCUAAUUUCUCUUCCUGUGGGUUUAGUUCUUUAAAUGUUAUUUGGAUUUUAAGUUUUUUUUAAUUACUUUGUCUCCUCAUGAAUGAGAAGCACUAUGUAACUGACAUUUUGCAUUUGCAGUUCUGUUUUGCAGUUAAAUAUAGUAUAUUCCUAUUAAUAAUGCUCAUUAUUAAGCUUUUUAGCUUUCAAAUACUAGCUUAUAUAUAGUAUAGUAAGAGAUCCAACACUGUACCCCAAUUUUAUAAAAUAUCUCAAAGCUUGAAACAUACAUUAUUGGUUUUAUGCAAAUCUUAGCGAUCGAUGUCUGAGUCUGGCAUUCGCCAGAUCCAUUUCAUUGAAUCACUCCUCUUCUGGCUAAGAUAUCUCCCCUGAGGAUGAGGACAUCCCAAUGUGAAAUACAAGGAUUGUUAUCUUUCUUUCAUCUGAAAAACCAUUUCUAUCUGAGGAAAAAGUAUCCUAAUGAGUCUUCUUUUAGCAAAAGGUUUGGGGGUUUAAAUUAUUGAAGCUUGGAUAAUGAAUGGAUUCUGAGUAUUAUGUACUUGGAUUGCUUUCUUCACAUUGAAAACCAAAGUCUUUUGACUGUGAUGCUGUGUGAUUUUUUUUUUUAAGCCAAAGUCUCUUGACUAUGAAACUUAUGUGUUUUUCAAAAUUAGAUCACCUCAAAGAAUUGGUGACCACUUAGUGAUCAGGAAAUUGAAAUUGUAGAAUACUUCACACAUGAAUUGUUGCAGAUGGAAUGAUAUUUGUUCAGAAGUUUUAUUCUGAUAUUCUACUAGUUUUCCCCAACUCCUGCCAGUCCCCUGCCUUCUCCCACCCCCACCAAAAAGAAAAAAGACUGUGACCAGGAAAACCCUUGGCCUUGGUCCUUUGUUCCUUUGCUCCACUUCUAGAAUGUUCCACCGAUGGGAAGAAGAUUUGCUCAGAAAUCAGAUCCUUACAGUGGGUGGUAUACUUCCUGCGGAUGCCCUUUCUACAUCAGUAACUCAGACUCCUGCUAUUGAACAGAAGGCAAAAAUUCAUUCCAUUCUCUUUCUUUCCCCUAUAAUUAGUUCAUAAGCUUAACUACACAACUCAUUCCUCCUUGAUUAUUUGUUCGUAGCCUAUCUGUCUAAGAGAAUUCCCCACUUUCUAUCUCAAAUCUCUAGGAUUUAUGAUCACCAACUCUUCAGGGAGAAGGCUUUGUUUACAUUCUCAUAGAGCUGAGCUUGUUCCUGUUAGUUAUGGAAAGGCCCAGGAAUCUCUUGUGCAGAAAACCAUCCUGGGGCCUGCCCUGCCAGUCGUGCUCCUCCCUCCUCAGUUAAAUGAAACCUUUGAUUAUGAUGUGCUCAUUGGCUCCAGGUGGGCAGCCUUGUGACAACAAUCCCAGCUUACUUUGGGGGAAGCAGCUUAGUCUUUGAGGUUAUUGAUCUUCCACCACAGUAUGAAAUCUUGUUCAAUCUGAAGAAGGCAGAAGGCUUUUUAAUCUAGAGAGCACAUCUUCUCAGGAACCUGAAUUUUCUUCUGGAAAAUUCCUCCUAAACCCUAGAAAAUAAUUCCUGCUCAAAGGUUAGAAAUUAAAGCUGUUUAGAAUACUAAAGAAAUGAAAACAAUUCCCAACAACAUGUCUGGUCCCUACUUUCAGAGUAUACAGAGAUCAUCACAGUUUGUUCUAGGGCCCUUCUUCAUUCCUUCUUUCCAUUUCCCUUUUCCUUGUUAUUUGGUUUUUGAAUAUUUUUCUUAAUGGUUCUUCUCUAAAUUUUUUUUUAACAAAUUUUACUUGUCUUCUACAAGAUUAUUUUUUAACAUAUCUCUGUGUCCCCUUCUCCUUCCUGGAAAAUUCCUUUUUGUUCAUUGUAUUCUACUCUUAAAUCUUCCCCAAGGUUGCUCUUUGAGCAAGGAAGGGUGACUUGUCUCUUCGAAUGGCAUUAACAGGAAGCUGCCUCUCUCAGCCUGUGCCAGAGGUACUUAGCAUCCAGCCUGCAGGUGCCCUUGCCUAUUUGUAGCGCUUCUUCCACAACCAGCUAAAGUUAUCUUUCCUAUUUUAUUAUGUUAUUAAAUUAAUUUGUCGUUAACAAAAAUUAGCUAUUUCCAGAGUUUAUUCACAGUAGCAAGGAUUUCUCACUUACCCUUAUAAUAACCUACAAAACUGAUUUUUUUAAAGUGAGCCAGAAAUGUAUAAUAUUGACGAAAAAAUGUGUUUGUGUGUGUCACGUACCAUCAUGUUCAAUACAUGCAGACCUCCCUGGUGCCCUUUAACAUGUACCAUUUACAAUAGAUUUUGAUUAGAGAAUGAAUGCUAGAGCCAUCGUUGCCAGCCAUGAUUACGUGACCAAAUUUUAUUGGUUACAUAGAACAGAAAUUUGUCAGCAUUUUCAGGGAACUUAAUCCAUAUGUCACCACCAAAGAUUUCUACAGUGUUAUGAAUUAUGUAACAGAAAUAGCUGAAAAAAUGAAUGAAGGAAAAUGUAUCUUCCUUUUGUUCUUUUUUGACUAAAGCAAUUUGCUUCUCAAAAGUGAACCUUGUUGUGUUAAACAUUCACCUCCAUCUCGUGCAAACCAUUCACCAGGUCCCAGGGCUGUUUUAAUUAGAAUGUCUUCUUCUAAAUUCUUGGUUUGAUCAUCUUUAUCUAGAGAAGUCUAAGGAAUAAGUACAUAUUUAAAGGGAAACAACCAGUGUUUCUAUACACUGAAUAAUUCAUUUUUAAAACAAAGAUGCAGUUGUUGAGAAAUAUGCUACUUUGUGGCAUGUAUAAUGUAUUGUAAAAUAAACACAUUGUCAUUAUUUGAAACGAA